UAAAACAGUCGAAAGGCGUUGUAAAACGGUUUAUGUCAAAAAUAACUGUAAAUUACCAGAAGUACAACUGAUUGAAGUUUUCCCAAACGUUGAAGAAUUUUUAUCGUUCUUUUUUGUGAUUAGUAACGAAGAAGUGUCCUAUUGUGAAUAUGUUUUAAGAUUAGAAAAAGUGUAGUCAACUGAAGAGAUGGGGAAUUAUUUAGCUAUUCCAUCGCAUAAAGUAAAAUUUAACAUUAAAAACAUAAAAUUACCACCACCUCCUAAAUUGAGAUUGAACUGGAAAACGUUUUAUCCACAUGAAGAAUUGAAAAUAUACAAAGAAACGUCAGCAAAAUCUAAAUUGUUUUUAAACAAGUUUCUUUUUUCGUCAAACUUCGACCCAAAAAAGAUGCUUGGUAAAGUUGAUGCGGAUGUGAUCAAGAAAUUGUUGAAUAAUUUCAUGGAAAUGAUGAAGUCUCCACAAGGUGGAGAUGCUUUUAGUUUCAAACCUGAGAGACCGAUGAAGUUUCCCUAUACAUUUUCUGCAAAAAUUGCACAAUUUCCGUACAAAUUUUAUUACGAUAACAAUUGGAUGGCAAAAUAUUAUUGUUAUGCCGUAAUUUUGUGUCUUCCGGUAUUUUAUAAGCUAGAAAGAGUCUCGAAAUCCCCUGCCAGUAGAAAACAUUGGGCGGAAAUACAAGCAAAGGAGGCGCAUGAGGCGCAUGGCCACGACGACUAAAUAAGACAGUAAAAUUCGACAACAAAAAAA